UUUUUUCACAUGCAACGAAAAAAACAGCCCCGACCAGUUAAAAUUUGUACCCCAACUAGCAUGCCAUAUCCCCCCAUGUUUUCGUAUGACUACGAGCAUGUUUUGAAUUCGAAAAAACUAUCCCCCGCUCCCCCUAAUUUACUUAAAUGUAUCGGGCAGCUUCCGCCUACUCUUUUCCGAUGCAUAUCCGCGACGAGUUACCCGUGUGUAGCGCAGGGCAUUGCCGGCGCGUAACUGCAGCAGCAGUCCUUCUCCUAUUCUGAAAAGCAAAAAGGCGUCUUAUCGUCGCGACAGCGUCCUGUCACUUAAGCGACCAUGCUUCGCCACUCGCUGCGCAAGGCGAAGGAGAAGGAGGAGAAGAGAAACAAUAACAAAGCAAAUGCUUCCGACAGUGACCAACCGAUCAAGCUCGCGAGGAAUGCUUCCGACAGUGACCAGCUCGCGAGGAACUCUAGUUUCGAAGACGAUAAUAUGCAUUGCAAAUAUGUCUGGGUCAGCGUCAGGAAGGAUCCAAACUUGUCAUGCUGUCUUUGGAUUCUAAAAAAAUGAAAAUCUGUAUUGCAGCAUGACCAGCAAGAGGAGCCCAGAUUGUGCUACGCGGAGAGGGCAUUUGUCAUGCGGAAUAGGCAUCAGGAAGUCUUCCAAAAAUCUGUGAUGCUAAGUCAUGCACUACAGGCAUCGUGGGUCAUGCAGGAUCUUGGCGCAGGAUUUGAAGGCCCAGGAUUUGGAGGUUGGCGUUACGCAUUACAAAUUUCUCUUUCAAGCUAAAUCAGCAUGACAAAUUUCAUGUGUCAUGCUGAGCCAAUUUGUAUUGCAAUACUACGAGUACGAUACUUUUGCAGUUCAUAGCACUACUUUGGGUGGAAGGCGCUGGCCACCGGACCAAAGGAUCAGGAGGGCAUGAACGCUUUGGAGAAGGUCGUGAAGAACGCCGAGUCCAGUACAAACCCGCACGAAACGACUUUGACGAAGGAGCAGACGAUUAGGAAGUGCAUGGACGUUUUGUGCCAGGUCUUAGCGUAUCCUGUGCAAAGGUAUCGUACUCGUAGUAAUUGCAUUUAUGCAUUACAAAUCUCUUUCUCAAGGUAAAUCAGCACUACAAAUUUAAUUUGUAUUGCUGGGCUAAUUUGUAAUGCAAUUUUUACUAGUGCGAUGCUUUUGCAGUGCAUAUCGCGCAGGAUUUGAAGGCCCAGGAUUUGGAGGUUGGGGUGGUGUCGGAAAACGAACCCUUCCGCCUGCUUAUGCAAGAAAAAAACUGUGUAAGUGGAAGUCUGUGAUGCAAAGCAUGCAACACUGUUACACUUGUCAUGCUAGCCAGCCAUUGAGUCCUAUUUCAUUUGUGUUUUCACUUACCAGCUGCGCAUGACAGGCUUUGUCUGUCAUGCAGAACAGAUUUGUCAUGCCGUUACCCCAAGACACCUACAUUGACACAGUUUUUUUCUUGGAUAUUGCUCUCCGCGGCGGAAAUUGACGACCACUUGACCGCGAUUCACGAGCAGGAUUAAGUGCGUGUGGUGUUUGUUUCAACAACCUUGCGGAUUUUCAAAACAGGGAGGAGAACGAAGAUUUUUUUAAACGGGAAGCUACUCAUGCUUAUCUGAAGCUGCACGUUAGAUUCUGAGCCGUCGGAGUUUGAUGUGUUGGUUGCUGCUUCGUGGCUAGGCGAUGAAAAGGUGGACAACUCGAAUAUCUCGAUGAGUACUUCUACCUACGAAUUUGCGACGAAGAAGAUUUCAACAAAUUUUUACCCAGCAUGAUUCGUUGAAUUCACAUUGACAACCUCCGAAAUAAAGCGCU